AUGUCGACUGCUCGUCGCCGAACAGCUCAUGCAGAGGCCAUUCUUGGGCCUGAGCUCCAUGCGCGUCUACCUAAUGUAAAAGUUCUGCUUGUUGGUGCUGGUGGGAUUGGAUGCGAGCUUCUGAAAAACAUCGUAUUGACCGGGUUUGGAAAAAUCACGCUGCUUGAUCUCGACACAAUUGACGUGUCGAAUCUCAACCGCCAGUUUCUCUUUCGGAAAAAGGACGUCAAGCAGAGUAAAGCUCUGGUUGCCGCUCAAACUGCCGGGUCCUUCAAUCCCAACGUGAAAAUUACACCAAUCUUUGCCAACAUUAAAGAUACGCAGUAUGACAUUGAAUGGUUCCAAAGCUUUGAUCUCGUGUUGAAUGCCUUGGACAACCUCGAUGCCCGGAGACAUGUCAAUAAGAUGUGUAUGGCGGCCAACGUGCCCUUGGUUGAGUCAGGGACAGCUGGCUACCUUGGCCAGGUCCAGCCUUUAGUUAAGGACCUUACCGAGUGUUUUGAUUGUAUGCCAAAACCGACACCGAAAACCUUCCCUGUAUGUACCAUACGCUCAACUCCAAGUCAGCCCAUACACUGCAUAGUAUGGAGUAAGAGUUAUCUAAUGGGACAGCUGUUCGGUGAAGACGAAGACGCAUCCGGAGAACUGGAUGAGGCCGAGAAGCAGGGAGAAAAUGCGCAAGAAAUAGCAACUCUACGUGAACAAGCUCAGGCAUUCAUGAGCGUUCGUAAAGCGCUACGGACACCUUCAAAAGACGCCGCAAGGAUGGUGUUCCAAAAGCAAUGUCCGACAUGUGGAAAUCGCGGGCACCACCCGUUCCCUCUAGAGUUUGAUGCAAUUCUGGACGACACGUUUGUUCUGCGGCAGAACGGUACAAAUGAACAGACCAGGCAAGCUAGUACUUCAAGGGCAACUAACGGCCAUUCAUCCGCUAUCAAAGAUCAGCGUACGUUGUCGUUGAGGGAUAACGUUUUACUUUUUGUUUCGAGCACGGAACGGCUAGCUGCUCGCCUACAAGCCGGCGAGGAAACCAUCUCGUUCGACAAAGAUGAUGAUGAUACAUUAGACUUCGUCACCGCUUCCUCGAAUCUUCGCUCUGCUGCCUAUGGUAUAGAGGGCAAGACACGAUGGGAAGUUAAAGAAAUGGCAGGCAACAUCAUACCGGCUAUUGCUACAACGAACGCGAUAGUAUCUGGCCUGAUCGUGCUGCAAGCGCUCCAUCUUCUACGGAAGUCAUACUCAAGUCUGCGGAGCGUGCAUAUACUUGCGAAUAAGCCCUCCGUGCCUCUCAGUGCGAUACGGAUGUGCCCUCCGAAUCCUAGCUGUGGUGUGUGCAGGGAUACUUACACGAAAGUGCUGUGUGAUACAUCGAGAACGACACUGGGUGAUGUGGUGAAGGGUAUUAUGGGGAAUGAUACAAGGGAAGUGAGCGUGUACGAGGACAAACGGGUCCUGAGCGAUCCGGACUGGGAAGACAACUUUGAGCGAACUCUCGAGAGUCUAAACGUUUCGAGAGGCAAGCUGCUUGCGAUUGCGGACGAAGAGGGGGAAUGGGGCACUAUCACCGUUGCCCUUGGACUGUUACCUGAAUCACACCCGCCCGACGCUCCUCCUUUUAUACUCCCAUCUCCAUUGCCCAAAGCACCUCGAAAACCCAAGCAAGUGGCAUUACCCGACUCCCCAGUGAAGAUGUCGACACUGAAGCGACCUGCGCCUACGGAUGAUGAUGUGGAGCCUUCGGCGAAGCGCGUCAAGGUGGAUGCACUUUCAAGUCCGAGUAAGAAGCAGCGCUUGGAGGAGGAUGGGAUCAUUCUGAUGGAUGGUGCUGAUGACCGUUUGGAAGACGACAUCAUUGUCAUUGACUGA